AUGAUGACGUAAUAUCAACAAAUGUGGAAGGUGUUCGGACGCUUCUGCAAUUUCCGCAGUACUAAUUAUGUGUUUUCUAUCGAUAACCUCGGAAAACUACAGAGUGAAGAGAUGAACAAAGUGGCUCUGUUCAUAAUCUUCCUCUGUGGAGUGAUUUUUGCGUUUUUGGUGUCUGUUAUGCGUAGUUACUGGGCGCAUUAUACUGACGGGACCCUCAUCUCGUCUCUGGGGGCCAUUCCAGCUGGAGCUGACCUGGAGCUGAUGGACGACGGCUAUGUGGCCAUGGCCUUGCUGGGCGCUCACGAUGGUGACCACUCUGUCUCCAAGAAGCAGACAACAGAACUGGAAGACAGACAUGCAGAAAUCGAAGCACUAAACACACUAAAAGCCGCCAAGGAGUUAGUUCAUUCAGGUAAAUGUGCAAGAGCGGGCAGACUGUUGGAACAUGCGUUCACACUGGCACCACGCCACCCAGAUGUUCUCAUUCACUAUGGGGAAUAUCUUGAACAACACCGUAAUGAUGUAGUUUUAGCUGACAGGAUGUAUUUGCAAGCUUUAGCUGUCUCUCCAGCUAAUUCUCGUGCUCUAAGAAAUCGCAGACGAACUCGACCUCUUGUAGAUGAAAUGGACUCCGUGAUGUUGAACCGCAUUGACAGCAAGAGAGAUGAUCUUGCUCAAAUCCCCAGUUCAUCUGCUGCCCUCCGUCGCAUUAAGAAGGAAGCAUAUUUCCAACAUAUUUACCAUACUGCUGGAAUUGAAGGAAAUACAAUGACUCUUGCUCAAACCCGUAUGAUUUUAGAGACAAGGCUAAGUGUUGGAGGAAAGAGUGUGAUGGAGCACAAUGAGAUUUUAGGUUUAGAUCUAGCCCUCAAGUUCAUAAACACAACCUUAGUCCAUAGAGUGGGUCGCAUCUCUCUCUAUGAUAUUCUGGAAAUUCACAGAAGAGUCUUGGGGCAUGCUGAUCCCAUUGAAGCAGGGCAGUUACGCACUACACAGGUGUAUGUAAGUGAUCAUGUUCCCCCACCACCAACACAUCUUCAAGUGCUCAUGGAAGAUUUUGUGGACUGGCUUAACUCACCAGAAGCACAGAGACUUCAUCCUAUUAAGUAUGCAGCUCUUGCACACUACAAGCUAGUCUUCAUACAUCCAUUUUCUGAUGGUAAUGGAAGAACAGCAAGACUUCUGAUGAACUUUCUAUUAAUGCAAGCUGGGUUCCCACCUGUGAUAAUCCGUAAACAAGAUCGUCUUUUGUACUACGAUUGUUUGCAAGCUGCAAAUGAUGGAGAUACUCGACCCUUUAGACGAUUUAUUGCCCAGUGCACAGAGAAGACCCUCGAUGUGUAUUUGUGGGCCACCAAAGAAGUGUUACCAAAGAUAGGACAGGACAUGCAUCCAACAUUAAAAAGAGAGAAGCAAUACUCAAAACAUGAAUACAGAGAUGAGGAUUUAUCUCACACACAGCACAAAAGAAAACCAGUGACCUACAAUGAUAUUAAGGAUGACAGUGCACAAGAUUCUGGGAAUAAAUUUGUCUUUACCGAUGUAGAAGAUAUUCCACCUUGGCAGUCAGGCGAAGACAAAUUUGAAAAUGUGGCUACCCAAAACACUAGAAAUAAUAUACCUUCAACCACUGAAGAUGAUAUAUUGAGUGAAGAUGAAGAUGUUAGUUCUGUACAUGAUUAUGAGGCUGAACAUGAUGAUUACAGAGACCAUCUGUGGUUUUCUAGUGAAGAAAGAAUUGAACAUAAAGGAACAGGAAGAUUUAGUAGAGUUGUUGAUGAAGAGGAUAUAUUGAAUGCUGAAAUAUCAGAGCAUAUUAAGAGUGAAGAUACAUUGAACUUCAAGGAAGAUCACACUUUAUCCCGGAAUGAUUAAAAAUAAUCUUGAUAUAUGAUAUUAGAAAGGCUAGUGGCAUUACUUUAUGUUUAGUCUUAAUUAUAAAUUAUGCCUAUUUAUUUUAGAGAACAGAUUUAAAGUUAGAAUAUUUUAUUUAGUUUUAUUCUAAUUUAUUGAGAAUUAUUUUUAUAAUGUAAAAUGCACAUAAGGAAAACAAAUAGUGAAGGUAUUCAGCACUGGAUUAAGUGUUUCUUGAAUUUUUUUUUAAUAGUGAAUUGACUACCUUCGUAGCCGAUCCUAAUUUUCAUUUCAUACAAACUAUAAAUGUCUUGCACAAAA